AUGGCCCAAGCUCAAACCCCAGGCUUCUCCCCGCUAAAGUCCCUCGUGGCAUAUACAUCCCAAACCGCCGGCCUCGAAAAAACCCUGCGUCUCAUCCAGGCCACCUCGCAAGUCAUCGGCGUGACAACAGCCAACAAGACCCUCGCGACGCAAUGUCUCACGGCCCGUGACCAGCUAGCCCUAAGUACCCUACCCUGCCUACCCUACUCUGCACCCAUUGAUAGCAAUGGCACUGACAGCACAGCCCGGCGCUACUUCCGCCUCCUCGACUUCUACGCGUGCUUCGAGCGCGUGCACGCCCUCAUCACCAACCCCUCGUCCAGCUCGACAAUCCCCUCCGCCAUGGAGCUGGCGCAGUAUACCUUCCUGGGCCUGUAUCUGUUCCUCGAGGACUUCACGAUCCUGCACGACAUGAACGUCGCCCGCGUCGACUGGCACCACGCGCUCAUGACCGAAGCCAACAAGUUCUGGUUCUACGCGCUCGCGCUCUCGGUUCUGCGGUGUACAUGGGAACUCUUAUCCCCCCAGGCCCCGGAUACGCCCAAGACCACUGGCGGUGAAAAGAGCGACCCCAAGACCACGGCGAAGCAGACCAGGGCGCCUAAAUGGCCGCUCGUCAAGCGGAUUAUCAUUGACGGGUGCGAUCUGACUCUGCCCGGUUCGUUUUUGGGCUGGACGCCCGUGACGCCGCUGCAGAUUGGGCUGGGGAUGGUGGUGAGUACGGUGUUCGCGGGGCACAAUGUUUGGGCGGCGCAGGGGUAG